AUGUUUCUGCUGCAGGACUCCGUGCUGGCGGACGGAAGUGCACCCCCUGCACAAGUCGACCUUGAUGUCGUGAAGUUUGAUGCCGCAGACGACCAAAACGCAAAUAAGUCAUUCAAUCUCUACCCCAUCCUACAGCUCCUACCAAACUCCAACGAACAGGAUGAAGUCUUCACUCUAUCUGGCAACAUGGCAGAGAUUCGUAAUUAUGCCCCGAACGAACAAGUCAAAGCGCUGCCUAACAUCCCAGGCGGACCUCGCUGCUUCCCCAGCUCUGCAGCAGCCACGCUACUACACAUGACUCCCAACACUACACAUCCGACCAUCCUCGUCUGCGGCGGCGGCGGCGGCAGCGGUGACAUCCCAGAUCCUCAAACUCUUGACACCUGCUACAGCAUCAAACACUACGAUGACAAUGCCUAA